UAUUCCACGAGCGCGGAGAAAUAAAGAAUCUCAGAGUCCAAUUGCUUCAUUGUGUGUUGCUGUGUAUGUUUGUGGCUCUUCUCCCAAAGAUUUCACGCAGGGCUAGCAGCAACAUAGCAAUUGGUGGCGGUGGUGGUGGCUUUUGACAUCAGCUGCCUUUUCAUUUAUUCGCCAACUGCUGUCGGUAACGGAGGUGCUUUUUUUGAAUCCCAGUGAAAGAGUAUUAUAUUUGUGAGUUUUUAGUGUGUUUGCUUAGCGGAAAUCGCAUAAUGAAGCUCUAUUUGGGAUUGUGUCUGGUCGCGCUUGUGGCCGGCAGUGUGAUGGCUGACGAGAGUAAAGGACCCAAAGUAACCGAUAAGGUUUUCUUUGACAUCACCAUUGGUGGCGAACCAGCUGGACGUAUUGAGAUUGGUCUAUUCGGCAAAACGGUGGAGAAGACUGCACGUAAUUUCAAAGAGCUUGCUGAGAAACCAGAAGGUGAAGGCUUCAAAGGCAGCAAAUUCCAUCGCGUGAUCAAGGACUUCAUGAUCCAAGGUGGCGAUUUCACCAAAGGCGAUGGCACUGGUGGUCGUUCGAUCUACGGUGAACGCUUCGCCGAUGAGAACUUCAAGCUGAAGCACUAUGGUGCCGGUUGGUUGAGCAUGGCCAAUGCUGGCAAGGACACCAACGGUUCACAGUUCUUUAUCACCACGAAGCAGACCAGCUGGUUGGAUGGACGUCAUGUCGUUUUCGGCAAAAUCUUGUCCGGCAUGAAUGUUGUGCGUAAAAUCGAAAGGAGCGAAACCGAUGGACGCGAUCGUCCCGUUAAGGAUGUGGUGAUUGCCAAUUGUGGCUCGAUACCUGUCGAUGAGCCAUUUGCCGUCUCGAAAACUGAUGCCACCGAUUAAGCGGCAGCACAGCGAGCGAGUACUAUAUAUGCACGCACAAAAACAAAAUUGCAUUAGAAAACAAACAAUGAGAAGUCAAGUUUUGAUGAGGAAGCCGCAGCGGGCGCAGGCAGUUGGCGAAAGAGAUUGUUAGCAUUUGCAUAUUGCGAAAGUUGAAAAUGUACAACAAAAAGAAUUAAAAAUGAAAAGCAAUUUUAUGAGUGUUAUAGCAACAAAAAAAAAAAAAAACAAAAACCAAAAAGAAAGAAAAGUUAAAAAGUUUUAAUAAUUGAAAUAAAAUAAACAUAGAGAUUCUUAACACUUUUCAAUACUCCGAAAGAAAAUUCGCCAGAUUUAAUAAUUCCUUAUUGCAUUAAGAAAUGAAACUUUGCAUUUAUCACAUUGUACUAACAUUUUAAGAUUCAUCAACGUAAUUAAAACUGAAACACAUACAAAUAAAAUAAAGAUAUUUAAUUGAAAGAAGAGAAA